CCAACCUCUGAACUGACACCAACAUCAGCUCCAACACCAACAUCAGUACCAACACCAACCUCUGAACUGACACCAACAUCAGCACCAACACCAACAUCAGUACCAACACCUACAUCAGUUCCAACCCCAACAUCUGAACUUACACCAACAUCAGCACCAACACCAACCUCUGAACUUACACCAACAUCAGCUCCAACAUCAAUUCCAACACCAACAUCUAUUCCUCCUGGAACAUAUACCACAACAACAACCACAACUCCUGAACCUCCACCAACAUCUUUACCUACACCAACCUCUAUUCCAACUCCAACAUCAGUACCAACACCUACAUCUGAACUGACACCAACAUCAGCUCCAACACCAACAUCAGUCCCAACACCAACCUCUGAACUUACACCUACAUCAGUACCAACUCCUACAUCUGAACUGACACCAACAUCAGCUCCAACAUCAGUGCCAACACUAACAUCUUUCCAAACUCCAACAUCUGAAUUUACACCAACAUCAGUCUCCAACACCAACAUCAGCUCCAUCUUCUGUGCCAACACAAACAUCAGUACCAACACCUACAUCUGUUCCAACCCAAACAUCUGA